GCGAAGUCAUGGCAGACGCACAUCUCGCCCGCGCCCCGCUCCGCUCGCUGGUCAGAGUCGACCGCUGGACCUCGCUCCGUUCUGUGCCCGUGACUCCACCGGGCCCGCAGUCGGCUCCUCGGCUGCUGCUCUGCCCGCUGCACCAUAAGUCCGGCGCAGGGGCCUCGUCACCAGAGCUUCGGCGCCGAGCGGAGACGGCCGACCGACUACGCAAUACGGCACCCUGUCAGCUGAUGGAGUUUUCCGAUCGCCUGGAGGCGGUGUUAGACCGCGGCACCGGCAAACAUAGCGGCCGGAAACCGAAAGCACCUCGGGUGUCAUCGAGAGACAUCAGCCACGCCGACUCUGCCAGUGUGCCAGGCCGUGCCGUCGCUACUCUGACCACUCUCGGACACGCGGAACCGACGGAGACGCCCGCUGUUACAGGAGGUGACCGGACGCGGGAUCGCAGCACGGCUCACUGCCGGGAUGGGCUGCCUGCAGGGGACGGACGGUGUGCCGAGAGUAACGCCGCCGCUGCUUCACGCGGUGCCAUCCUUCGGGGGGCACCGGACGCCAGCACACGCCCGCUGAAGUGCCCAAAGCCGACAUCGAAGCGGAAUCUGCUGUGUACCGAGUUCCUGAGAACCCCGACUUCUGGUCACCGACGGAAGGAGCACCAUCGGACGCUGAACCCUGACGUGAGGAAGAGAUCACAUGAGGAGGACGAUUCUGAGUUGCUGGCGGCCCACAGCAGUAACCGGCCGCACAUCGAGUUCACCACCCCUCAGCACGGCCGGCUGAGUCCCAGCAUCAUUCGCCACGCGCGCUCUCACCGCCCGCUCAGCCAUUUACCGGCGACUGACAGAAAACGACGGCGCUGUGUCGCCACCUCAACAAGUGGUCCCCGGCCAGCAGAGGAGGAGCAGCAACAUCUGGAGGGAAGCUCCCAGCAGUGUGACGCCUCCAAGACGCCGCUCCGGCACGGAGGCCAACCGAAGCCUGGAACGGUCUCGGAUAGGUGGCAGCACAUGUCCACCGGAAAAGACAGUCGUCGCCGUGGCCCGUCGCCCACAGUUGAUAGUAUCCCGUCUGACGAGGCCUCUGACGACCCGCGGUGGGACGAAUCAGACACCGCGGAUAACUUGCCUGUCAAUAAACCUGCAGAAGUAUCUGCUGCCACACCACGCCGCUCCCACACCGAACCGACACUUCGCCCGGUCGUCGAUAGAUGUCAGGACGACGCGGACACUUCUCAGCGCCUCCAGCCCGAGUUUCAGCACCCUGGCUCUUCCCACCGCACUCCUGUCGUCCGGACUCCAACUCUGCCACGAACCAUGGACCACGGCAGGUGGGAGACCCCGACCGGUCUGCCGGCGGUGCCUCGCGGCCGGCCGCCGCGGGCAGCAGUGGGACUGUCCCCCGGCGGCUGUGGUGACCGGCUACGGCGCGUGCAGCGCUGGCUGGACUCCUCGCCGAGCGUGGCCGACUCGACCGAGAAGGCCGAGAGACGGCGCAGCUGGACUCCCUCGAUAUCCGGCGCGUCGACCACAAGUAGUCGCCGACGUCGACGUCGCGUCGAGUACACCGAGGAAGAGGUGCAAAAUCUGCUGCGAGGGGUGGAUAAAUUCGGACACGACUUCAGGGCGAUCCGUCUGGCGUACGACUUCCACCCGAGCCGUACCACCGUGGACCUGUACGACAAGUGGCGUCACAUGCCCCGGAACCGGCAGCAGGCCGCCGGCGCCGGUGACGCCCGGCCUCGAGCGGACGGCGCUGAGGGAGGGCCACGGGGCGAUGACACUGUCUGAAGUAUGGUUGACCCGUAACCGUCUACCCUGCUAGUCCUGAGGUUCUGUCUAAAGUAUAGUGCUGGAACAUGAUGGACACCAUCUACCUCUCAUGCUAGCCCUGAGGCAACGUCUGAGGUAUGGGAUUGGGACAAAUGGACAUCAUCUACCCGGUCUGCUAGUCCUGAGGAAACGUCUAAACUCUGAGGUAUGAUACUGGGACUGUGACACCGUCUGCCCCUGCUAGCUCUGAGGUUCCGUCUAUAUGAUACUGGGGCUGUGAUAUCGGCUGAGGCUUGCUUAUUUCUUGGACCGUCUGGGACCUACGACGCCGUCUGAAACUAAGGUACUGCACCGGCGGUACCGUUCUAGGCAGUGGUACAGGCCACAGGGUGUCGGUACUGGUCCUGUCUGAAGAACGAUACGGAGACUGUCCUCGGCACUACGGGCCUUGGACUGCCCCUUCAGGUAGACUCAUCAGGAUUGGGGAUGGAGUGACCCCCGCAAUGAAAUGAAGUUACGUUUUGCAGUAUGGACUAUGACAUACUAAGUGGAACUUGAGUUAUCUGAAUUAUGUAGAAGUAAGUUAAUUAAGUCUGAGUUCUCUGGUAUGCAUAUUUUUCAAUUACGUACUCAGAUUGCUCAUUUUUAGCUAGUCGAGGAUGAUGUGUGAUUAUGCAGUUUCAAACACGUCGGCAUAAUUUUAGAGGUCGUCUCAUUACCGAUCAAAGUACGGCAAUCGAUGUCGGUGCCUUCUAGUCUCAUCAAGGUUCCUCCAAGUGUUAUGUGCAAGUGCCAAUUACUCGUGGUUUCUUUCCUUACAAACGAGCUUAGAUUAUUGCCGUAUUAUUCCUAUUUCCUGUUGUUACAGUUUCCUGAUUGCCGCAAGUUGCUUUUUGUUGAGUUUGACUCGGAUCAUACCGUUUUGAAAGAUUGAGAUGGGUAGUGCGGGCGCAAUUGCUGGCAAUUAAUGAAAUGAAUACAUUUGCGAUAUAAAGCA